GAGAUACAGAUGACCCGCCAAGAAUUACUCAGAAUCCUGUCAUCAAUGGGAAUGUGGCCCUGAGUGACGGGCACAGCAAUGCGGAAGAGGACAUGGAGGAUGACACCAGUUGGCGCUCCGAGGCAACCUUUCAGUUCACCGUCGAGCGCUUCAGCAGACUGAGUGAGUCGGUCCUUAGCCCUCCGUGUUUUGUGCGAAAUCUGCCAUGGAAGAUUAUGGUGAUGCCACGCUUUUAUCCAGACAGACCACACCAAAAAAGCGUAGGAUUCUUUCUCCAGUGCAAUGCUGAAUCUGACUCCACGUCGUGGUCCUGCCAUGCACAAGCUGUGCUGAAGAUAAUAAACUAUCGAGACGACGAGAAGUCAUUCAGCCGCCGGAUUAGCCACCUGUUCUUCCACAAGGAGAAUGACUGGGGAUUUUCCAACUUUAUGGCCUGGAGCGAAGUGACUGAUCCUGAGAAAGGAUUUAUAGAUGAUGACAAAGUUACUUUUGAAGUCUUUGUACAAGCAGAUGCACCCCAUGGAGUUGCGUGGGACUCAAAGAAGCACACUGGCUAUGUUGGCUUGAAGAAUCAGGGAGCGACUUGUUACAUGAACAGCCUGCUGCAGACUUUAUUUUUCACAAAUCAACUACGAAAGGCUGUGUACAUGAUGCCAACUGAGGGUGACGACUCUUCUAAAAGUGUCCCUUUAGCAUUGCAAAGAGUGUUCUACGAGCUACAGCACAGCGACAAGCCUGUAGGAACUAAGAAAUUGACCAAGUCCUUUGGGUGGGAAACUUUAGAUAGCUUCAUGCAACAUGAUGUUCAAGAGCUGUGUCGAGUGUUGCUUGAUAAUGUGGAGAAUAAGAUGAAAGGCACGUGUGUGGAAGGCACCAUCCCCAAGCUGUUCAGAGGCAAAAUGGUGUCCUACAUCCAGUGCAAGGAAGUAGAUUACCGCUCUGAUAGAAGAGAAGAUUAUUACGAUAUCCAACUAAGUAUAAAAGGAAAGAAAAACAUGAUUGUGUUGAAGGGCUCGCUGCAGCAGGGAGCUAGGCACGCACCUAUCGUUGCAGAGGACCAGUUUUGCGGCCACCAAGGAAAUGACAUGUACGAUGAAGAGAAAGUGAAGUAUACUGUGUUCAAGGUUCUGAAGAACUCCUCCCUCUCCGAGUUUGUCCAGAGCCUCUCCCAGACCAUGGGAUUUCCACAAGAUCAAAUUCGAUUAUGGCCCAUGCAAGCAAGAAGUAAUGGAACAAAGCGACCAGCAAUGCUAGAUAAUGAAGCAGACGGCAAUAAAACAAUGAUUGAACUCAGUGAUAAUGAAAACCCUUGGACAAUAUUCCUGGAGACAGUUGACCCUGAACUGGCUGCUAGCGGAGCAACAUUACCCAAGUUUGAUAAAGAUCAUGAUGUAAUGUUAUUUUUGAAGAUGUAUGAUCCCAAAACGCGGAGCUUGAAUUACUGUGGGCAUAUCUACACACCCAUAUCCUGUAAAAUACGUGACUUGCUCCCAGUUAUGUGUGACAGAGCAGGAUUUAUCCAAGACACUAGCCUUAUCCUCUAUGAGGAAGUUAAACCGAAUUUAACAGAGAGAAUUCAGGACUACGAUGUGUCCCUUGACAAAGCCUUGGAUGAACUGAUGGAUGGUGACAUCAUAGUGUUUCAGAAGGAUGACCCUGAAAACGAUAACAGUGAACUGCCCACCGCAAAGGAAUAUUUCAGAGACCUCUACCACCGCGUGGACGUCAUCUUCUGUGACAAAACCAUCCCCAAUGACCCUGGAUUUGUGGUCACGUUAUCCAAUAGGAUGAAUUACUUCCAGGUUGCAAAGACAGUUGCGCAAAGACUCAACACGGACCCCAUGUUGCUGCAGUUCUUCAAGUCCCAAGGUUACAGGGAUGGCCCAGGUAACCCUCUUAGACAUAAUUAUGAAGGUACUUUAAGAGAUCUUCUACAGUUCUUCAAGCCUCGACAACCCAAGAAACUUUACUAUCAGCAGCUUAAGAUGAAAAUCACAGACUUUGAGAACCGGCGAAGUUUUAAGUGUAUAUGGCUAAACAGUCAGUUUAGGGAAGAGGAAAUAACACUAUAUCCAGACAAGCACGGCUGUGUCCGGGACCUGUUAGAAGAAUGUAAGAAAGCCGUGGAGCUUGGUGAAAAGGCAUCAGGGAAACUCAGGCUGCUAGAAAUUGUAAGUUACAAAAUCAUUGGUGUACAUCAAGAAGACGAACUGUUAGAAUGUUUAUCUCCAGCCACGAGUCGGACGUUUCGAAUAGAGGAGAUACCUCUGGACCAGGUGGAUAUAGAUAAGGAAAAUGAGAUGCUGAUCACAGUGGCCCAUUUCCACAAAGAGGUGUUUGGGACCUUUGGAAUUCCGUUUUUGCUGAGGAUACACCAGGGCGAGCAUUUCAGAGAAGUGAUGAAGCGGAUCCAGAGCCUGCUGGACAUCCAGGAAAAGGAGUUUGAGAAGUUUAAAUUUGCAAUUGUGAUGAUGGGCCGACACCAGUACAUUAACGAAGAUGAGUAUGAAGUGAACUUGAAAGACUUUGAGCCGCAGCCUGGUAACAUGUCUCAUCCCCGGCCUUGGCUAGGGCUCGACCACUUCAACAAAGCCCCAAAGAGGAGUCGCUACACUUACCUGGAAAAGGCGAUUAAAAUCCACAACUGACUUCCUCUCCAGUGUCGACGGCGAGGGCAGCGUGGUGUGUGUCCUUUACCAGCCGCAGAACUUUGGUACACGUGCGCUCUAGCCAGUCUCCAGCAAGAGGAUGUGCUGCUGAUGUUAAUUUUAUUUUGUUGAGGCUGUUCGGUUUGGCUUCUCUGUAUCUAUUGACUGCCCUUUUGAGCAAAAUGAAGGUGUUUUUAUAAAGCUCGGACGCCAGUGAGAGUUAUUUUAUGGUAACCACAGUGCAAGGCCGCUCAGCAUCACGGGGAGCAGAGGUGCCUAGGAUGGGUCCCCACGGGCAGCCUCUGGGCACAGGUGGGCGGGCUGCCGCCGGGGUCGCAGCCCUGCAGCUAGAUAGGCCUGCGUAGGCUCCUUCAGUUAAACUUUCAAUGACCUUUGUGCAUCUGUAAAGGCAAACCGAGAAACUCACAACCUAAUAAAUAGCGCUCUUUCCUUCUCUGUGUGCACUGUCAGCCUUCCUCGGCUCGUCCCGCCCGCUGCCCGGGUCCUUCAUAGCCCUCGUCACGCCUGUCACCCGGCAGCCACCACUGUAGUGCAGCCCCAUCGCAAAGUGGGCGCACCGAACCAGCCCUCACACGCGUGGGGCUCUGGCCUGGAGAAGGUUGUGAAAUACAAUGAAGGUUUACUCUGCUGCCCCUUGGCAGGCCGAUCAGAACGGGUGACGGUUCCAAAUCGGACUCGAGGACCCGGAGCUGCCCGCGACGAGGAGAGAGCCUUUAGAAGAGGGUGCGCUCGCUAGUGGUAGGAAGCUGUUGACUUUGUAAAAAAAAAAAAAGAAAAGAAAAAGGAAAAAAAGGUAAAAAGAGGGAAAAAGGAGAGAUGAAAUUGUAUAUUUAAUGAAUGACCAUGUACAACUUGGCACGGGGGAGGGGGUCUGCGAGCGAGCUCGGGGCUGUCCAUUGUGUCCCUGCUCCUCGCCGCUGAGCCGACGCCCCUGCGUGUCUAGUCUGGAGUGCAGUCGGAUAGGAUCGGCAAUCACUUAUUUCCUCCUUCCCAGUAUUUUUUGUUUUGUUUCUGUAGCAGCGGUGUGCACCAACUCUCCUGUAUAUUGCCUUUUUGCUGGAAAAUGUUGUAUGUUGAAUAAAAUUUUCUAUAAAAAUGGAAA